UAAUCAAGCGGCCGCACCGGACCAGACCCAAUCAUUAGUAGUUGGAAGUUCAACCGGAACGGACACAAACGGUACGACGUUCGUACAAGUGCUUCUAGUCCUCUCGGUGGGGUUUGGGGUCUAGACCAGAGAAGAAAAAUUGUGACUAAAAUAGUGUAACUUGAGUGCGAGUGUCCCUUAGCAAACCCUAAGGAUGCAUACGUUCGGCAAAGUGUUGGCCGUCCUAUCGGUGGUUGCCCUGGUAGCGGCCGAAGUCUACUUCGAAGAAACCUUCAAGGAUGAUUCGUGGGAAAAGAACUGGGUUCAGAGUGAACACAAAGGAGUAGAGUAUGGAAAAUUCGUCCGAACUGCCGGAAAGUUCUUUAAUGACGAAGAAAACGACAAAGGUCUCCAAACCUCGCAGGAUGCCCGCUUCUACGCCGCGUCGGCCAAGUUCACACCCUUCUCAAACAAGGACGACACCCUGGUCAUCCAGUUCUCGGUCAAGCACGAGCAGAACAUCGACUGCGGCGGUGGCUACCUGAAGGUGUUCGACUGCAAGGUGGACCAGAAGGACCUGCACGGUGACUCGCCCUACCUGGUCAUGUUCGGCCCGGACAUCUGCGGUCCCGGCACCAAGAAGGUGCACGUCAUCUUCAGCUACAAGGGCAAGAACCACCUGAUCAACAAGGACAUCCGCUGCAAGGACGACGUCUACACGCACUUCUACACGCUGGUGGUGAAAUCGGACAACACCUACGAGGUGCUGAUCGACAACGAGAAGGUUGAAUCCGGCUCCCUGGAGGAAGACUGGGACUUCCUGCCACCCAAGAAGAUCAAGGAUCCCGAAGCCAAGAAGCCAGAAGACUGGGAUGACCGUGCCACCAUCCCUGACCCAGAUGACACCAAGCCAGAGGACUGGGACAAACCAGAACACAUCCCAGACCCAGAUGCCACCAAGCCCGACGAUUGGGAUGAUGAGAUGGACGGCGAAUGGGAACCCCCAAUGAUCGACAACCCAGAGUACAAGGGCGAAUGGAAACCCAAGCAGAUCGACAACCCCAACUACAAGGGAGUGUGGGUUCACCCAGAAAUCGACAACCCCGAAUAUGUCGAAGACAAGGACCUGUACCUGCGUGAGGAGGUCUGCGCCGUUGGUUUGGACCUGUGGCAGGUCAAGUCUGGUACCAUCUUUGACAACUUCAUGAUCACCAACGACGUCGAAGCCGCCAAGAAGGCCGCUGCCGUCUUCAAGGAAACCCAGGAAGGCGAGAAGAAGAUCAAGGAAGCCCAGGAAGCCGAAGAACGCAAGAAGGCCGAAGAGGAAGCCAAGGCUGCCGAAGACGCCAAGGACGACGAAGAUCUGGAUGAUGAAGAAGACGAAGAGAACACCUUGGGAGAAGCCGAGGUCGAGGAAGAGGGACACGAUGAGCUGUAAGCGAAGCAGGCGAGACCACCCUCACCAAAGGGAUGGGUUUGUCCGUCUGUCUCUCUCUCAGGAUGUGCAUUUAGGACGUCAUCAUCUUAAUUUAUUCGAUCUUUUCUCGCAUCCCUAAAGAACCUACUUUCGUCAAGAAAAGAUAAUUUCCAUUGGUUUUGUUGUCGUUGUUUUCUAAUAGCAACAGUGUUGAGAGCGUGACUAUGUUGAAAUAGUCACAGGGAUUUUUUCCUUCGAAAGACAAGUCAGCAACGGUUUAGGUUUAUGUUUGCGUGCGAAAUUUCAAAUAGAACUAAAAACACUAUAGCAAGCGAAGAGAGCGGAAGCGACGGGAAUCGAACAGCACCCGUUCACAGCUACAAAUAAUGAAUAACUUGAUAAGUCUGAAUAAUAUCGUUUUAAAAACUGUACCCGCGGGCAAUGGCCGUAUUUGUAGUAGGAACAACAAUAAUGCCGAGUAGGGGCCUCAUGGGGUUGUCGCGAAUCUCCACUAACAAACACGUGAUGCGAAUCAAAAAAGAGACGAAGGACACCGGUCACCACACUCCCCUAAUACACACACAGAAAAACACACACAUUAUUGUAACAUUUAACUGCUCUUUGUGAAUGCGACUGAAUGAAGAAGAAAGAAUUCAUGAUUUAUGGUGUAUGAUGUGCGCGUGUAUAUAAGUUUUUUCUCUGUUUAAUUCAAAUUGAAUUACUUUUUAGAAGUAUAAGAAAAGGAGGAAAAUAUCUGAAUAAAUUGGUUGAAAAUAUUAAA